AUGUCUUCUUGGUUUCUAUUUUUUCCUUUUUUUGUUGCACUUCUCAUCUGUAUACUGAUAAAGAAAAGAUGCAACACAAAACAUACUAUUCUAUACCCACCCGGUCCAUGUAAACUUCCCUUCAUAGGAAACUGCUUGCACUUGCUGUUCCAUGGCUCACCGCAUCGUGCUCUAUGGCAUCUCUCAAAGAAACAUGGCCCUAUCAUGCACCUUCAACUAGGCCGAAUACCAGUCUUAGUGAUCUCUUCCGCUGAAUUAGCCAAAGAAGUUUUGAAGACCAAUGAUUUAAACUUUAGUAGUAGGCCUUCAUUAGUAUGCCUUGAAAAAUUUUCUUAUAAUUCCAUGGAUGUCAGCUUUAGUUCUUAUAAUGAGUAUUGGAAGGAGAUGCGUAAGAUUUUUGUUUUUGAGCUUGUAAACCCGAAAAGAGUGCUUUCUUUUCGGUCUAUUAGAGUAGAAGAGGUCGCGUUUAUGAUCGACUCCAUUUCUCAAUCGUCUUGUAAGCCUAUCGAUCUUUCUGAACAUUUGCUUUCUCUUACUUUCACCAUAAUAUGCAGGAUUGCUUUCGGCAGAGAAUUUGACAAGAUUAGAUUUCGGCCUAUUGUUUAUGAAUGUAUGGAAACUAUUGGUAGUUAUUUUGCAGCCGAUCUGUUUCCUUUUUUUGGGUGUGUAAUCGAUGUUCUCACUGGGCAACAUUCAAAGCUACAGAAGAAUUUUCAUAAUCUUGAUAAGUUCUUACAUCAGGUCAUCAACCAGCACAUCGACUCAGACCAGAGAAGGCCUACAUCACAACAAGACGACAUUAUUAAUAUCUUGCUUGGACUAGAAAAAGGUGGGGUUGGUCCAGUUCAAAUAUCUAAAAAUCGUAUCAAGGCACUCCUCAUGGUUAUUUCUCUUUUCCGUCUCCCUGUCUUCGUCUCUCGCAUUGAAAUUUUGAAAUGUAUUGUAAAUGGUGCACGCAUGUCCCAGUCGGUGCCUACCGUAGUGGAUAAUAGUAAUAUUUUUGUUGGUGGCAUAGGUACAAGUACUACUACCAUGGUGUGGGCAAUGACAGAACUUGUUAAGAACCCAAGAACAAUGAAUAAAGUGCAAGACGAGGUAAGAAAUUGCGUAGGCAAGCAAGGGAAUGUCGAAGAAACGGAUCUAUGCAAGCUUCAUUACUUAAAGAUGGUAUUGAAGGAGACUUUAAGACUGCAUCCUCCAGGUCCAAUGUCUAUUCCAAGAGAAAGCAUAAGACACUGCAAGAUAAACAACUAUGAUAUUCUUCCCAAAACAACAGUUUUAGUUAACGCGUGGGCUAUUGGACGAGAUCCUACUUCAUGGGAGAAUCCAGAAGUUUUCUUCCCGGAGAGGUUCAUGACUAACUCCAUUGAUUUCAGAGGACAGCAUUUCGAGUUUUUACCUUUUGGAUCAGGUCGACGGGGUUGUCCAGGGAUAUCAUUAGCAACUACAAUAAUGGAGCUCACACUUGCAAAUCUUCUAUACAGUUUUAAUUGGGAAUUACCUUAUGGAUUGAGGCCUGAAGACAUGAACACGGAUGAGUCUGGGACUUUUGCUGUCCAUAAGAAAUCUGCUUUAGAACUUGUGCCUGUCAUGUAUAAAUGACUGCCAGAGUCUAUGGAUAUUACUACAAGGAACAAGAUACAAGUUUAUUCGGUUCAUUUGGGAGACAAAACCCAUGAUCAGUUACAGUUUAUACUACGUGGUUGCAGUUCUAAAUUUAUUCUUCUCGGAAAUAAGAAAUUACUAGUU